AUGGCACCUGGCGUUGUUUCGGACCACGCUGACACCAGCCCUCCUGAAAGCAAGCCGACUGUCUAUGUAUUGGACACGUUCCAGCCGGAAGUCAUUACCUUCUGCCAAGAGAACUUCAACGCCAUUUUGCCAGGUCAGCCGGAGCAUGGUCAAUGGAAGCAGAAGGCAAAGUUUCUCCUGAUGCGCUCAUCGCGCCUGACUGCCGAGGAUGUUGCAUCCUGCUCCAAUCUUCUGGCGAUUGGGAAGCAAGGUGUUGGCAUCGACAAGAUCGAUGCAGACGCUUGUUCUGCUCGUGGCAUCAAGAUCUUCAACACUCCCGGAGUUAACGCGCGGGCUGUCGCCGAGCUUGUUCUUACGCUGACAACAGCGGUUGCCCGGCAGGUCGGAAGUAUCAUCCAGAAGCAAAGUGCAGGCAUUGUUGUGCCCAAGGAAAAAUGUUCAGGCCUCAUUCUGCACCGCAAGACAAUCGGCAUCCUGGGUAUGGGCAAUAUUGGGAAAUGUGUGGCACAGAUCUUUCGGGGGGCGUUCGAGGCAGAUAUAAUUGCCUAUGAUCCUUACCUCCCCCCUGAGGCCUGGGCAGAGAUUCCCCACCAACGCGCUCAGUCCCUCGAAGAGGUUCUUUCGGCUUCAGACAUGGUUACGGUUCACAUGCCCCUGACUCCAACCACCAAGGGCCUACUCAGCUAUCAACAAUUCAAGAUCAUGAAGAAGACAGCUAUCGUCAUAAACACUGCACGAGGCGGCAUCGUCAACGAGUCUGAUCUGGAGCGCGCUCUGUCCGAAGGGCUCAUCUGGGGUGCAGGUCUUGAUUGUCAUGAACAGGAGCCUCCAAGUCAGGAGAAGUACGGAGCUUUGUGGAAUGCCGGUGCCCUUAGCACGCCGCAUAUUGGCGCGGCAACACGGGAAACACAGGUUCAGACAGGAAUGGCAGCAGCCACGCGUUUGCUAGAAUACGCCAAGUCUAGAGCCGGAUAG